AUGUCGCAGAACAGCAACUGCCGGGUAUACGUUGGAAACCUGUCAUGGAAGGUAAAGUGGCAAGACCUGAAGGACCACAUGAAACAAGUCGGAGAAGUCGUAAGAGCCGACAUUAUCGAAGACUAUGACGGCAAGUCCAAGGGUUGUGGCCUAGUGGAGUUCGCAGAUGAAGAAACUGCUCUCAGGGCAAUGAGGGAAUUAAACGACACAAUGAUAUAUGACCGCCCAAUAUUCAUAAGGGAAGAUCGGGAGGGACCGCAAAGUUUCCGUGGAGGGAGGCGCGGUCCGAACAGAGACUGGAAGCAAUCCGGAGGUGGAAAUGGCACGGGUGAACCAGCUGGGGUAUGUGUACUGGUCACCAACAUCCAAUGGAGGACGUCCUGGCAAGAUUUAAAAGAUCUUUUCAAGACGUGCGCGCCAGUAAACAGGGUUGAUAUCUUAACCAGGGAGGACGGCAAAUCCAAAGGUGUUGCAAAAGUCUACUUCCAAAAUGAGGAGGACGCAAAUAGAGCUAUCAGCACUUUCAACGAUUACCUUCUUGAUGGAAGGAAAAUCAGCGUAAAGUUCGAACAGCACUGA